AUGCCCCUCCAGGCAGCUCCUUCCGGGGAAGAGGGGCAUCUACUUCGAGACAGAGGCCGAGGCCUUCGAGAAGGCAGACUGCCAGGAGCGGUGCAAAGACUUCGUGGACUGUGCCUUCUACUGGACAGGCAGCUCGCAUGGAGCUCAAACAUGCCGGCUCUUCAACGGAUGCGACAGCUUGGUACGGGAGUUCGGCAUCGAUGGCGAUCUCUACGCCUUGCCCUCGAACGCGAGCUGCCUGGUGGCGAAUCCGGAGCACUGCUGGAAGACAACGAUGCGGAGGCAGUUCCUGACCCAGACCGAGAGCACAUCGCCAGCCUUUACGCUCUCUGCCGCCCUCUUCAACCAAGGAGGCUUAGCCGACUUCCAGGACAACGCCUCCCGAGUGUUGAACCGAGAGGUCACCUACGAGGAGAAAAUGGGAGAGCUAUCCACUGUGAAGCUGCUGGGAUGGUCAGAGAUCUUCAAGCCCUUCGGGUAUGUGAGAACCAUUGGAGGUCUUGCGAGCGCAACAGUGCAGGGCCUGAACCCAAACCAGGAGUACGAGUGGAGUCUUCUUACCCGCAGCAACCAGAAGCAGGUCAACCACAAAGUGGCAGUGAACCAUGGCCCGCAGAUGACCCUGUCUCAGCCGGAGUCUUCAAAAGCAACGGCGAUGAAGCAAGGGAAGUCCACAUCAACUCCUCGAGGAGAGCUGGUCUUCGAUUUCGAAGCCAGCGAGUUUUCCUUGGCGCCGCAGGAUCUUCGAAGCGGGACCGCAACCCAGAUCGCUCAGCAGAGCUGCCCUUCGGGCACGAUAAUGACUCAUUGCUCGUGCUAUGCAGAUUCGGGUAUCUGCGCCGGAGCGAAGAUGGAGCCGGCGUCCAAUCCCACAAGAUGCAGAGCCUACGGGAGCCGGGAGGUCAGCGGAUGGUCCUCCAAAGACGUGUCGGUGCGAGCUCACGCGCGCUGCUUGAAGAUGGAGCGCCUCGGGACAAGAAUGGCCAGGGGCUGAGACAAAGCCGUGUUCCUUCGGUCUCCGAGGUACGUCCGCGAUCUGCAGGUCGUCACAUCCAGCGGUGCCAGCUUCAGCUCCUCGGAUGCAGUGCUUGCAGAUACACGAAAUCCCGCAGAGCAGAAGGCGACAAGGACCAAGGAAAGCAAGUCACGAAAUUCUGUGGUCAUUGUUCUCCAGCACAACCGGCCGCUCGUAGAGCAAGCGGGUCUAUAGGCUAG